GACGAAAUGUUACCAACUCCUGUGCCUGAAAUUCAGCGUACCAACCUUGCCAGUACGCUUCUGCAGUUAAAGGCAAUGGGAAUCAAUAAUCUGAUCGAUUUCGAUUUCAUGGAUCCACCUCCAAUUGAAGCGAUGAUCAUGGCUUUAGAACAGCUACACUCCUUGAGUGCCUUAGAUGAUGAAGGUCUACUUACAAGACUUGGAAGAAGGAUGGCGGAAUUUCCCCUGGAGCCAACUUUGUCUAAAGUUCUUAUCAUGUCUGUUCAUUUGGGCUGUUCUGAGGAAGUACUAACCAUCGUUUCAAUGCUUUCCGUUCAGAACGUCUUCUACCGUCCUAAGGACAAACAAGAAAUAGCAGACCAAAAGAAAGCAAAAUUCCAUCAACCGGAAGGGGACCACUUAACACUGUUGGCGGUUUACAAUUCGUGGAAAAAUCACAAGUUUAGUCAUCCGUGGUGCUAUGAAAAUUUCGUUCAAAUUCGUACUCUGAAGCGGGCACAGGAUAUUCGCAAGCAACUGUUGGGAAUCAUGGAUCGACAUAAGUUGGAUAUGAUAUCAUGCGGUAGGGACGUGGUGAAAGUUCAGAAGACAAUUUGUUCAGGCUUCUUUCGAAAUGCGGCUAAGAAAGAUCCACAGGAGGGAUACAGAACUUUGGUGGACAGUCAAACGGUGUACAUUCAUCCUUCCAGUUCUCUGUUUCAGCAUCAACCAGAAUGGAUUGUCUAUCACGAACUCGUAAUGACAACUAAGGAGUACAUGCGGGAGGUAUGCGCCGUUGAUCCGAAAUGGUUAGUAGAAUUCGCUCCUGCUUUCUUUCGUUUUGGAGAUCCGACUAAACUGAGCAAGUUUAAGAAAGGACAGAAAAUUGAACCAUUGUUUAACAAAUAUGAGGAUUCCAAUGCUUGGCGUAUAUCUAAGGUCAAGAAGAAGAUCUACAAUCCAAACAGAUAG